UCAUGAGGAGGAGCAAAAAUCCAAGCAAACUCAAGCUGUUAAGGAAAUGAACUCCCAAGAACAGUGGAGUUCAAAAAAGAGGAGAGGAAAGGAAAGUUAUUAUCUUCAAAAUAAUCCUGCAUUUAAUUUAACGAGUGAAACACAAAAAACCAAUAUCAAGCUGCUAAAAAAUGGCUCAAAAUCAAAAAGUAUGAGCCGCGUGAAGGGGCAGCUCGUAUUUUUAUCAAAUACAUGUGCAUUUGAUUCUCUUGUUCAGGCAUUGGCAGGUGCCUACGCAUAUAACUUGAGCUAUCGAACAAGCAUUGACAAAAGCAAAACAAAAGAUCGAUUGAUGGAAAUUGCAAUUUCUUUGACAAGCGGUGUAAACAUGACAAGAAUAAAAAUCAUGCGACUCAAAUUGCUCAAUGAACACUUUUCUAAAAAUGUGGCAAUGACAUUUCCUGGAAUGAUCCAGAAAGUAUUAACCAUCCCAAGCUACUAUGAUACUGAAUGCUGCACCAAACUGGUCAAAAAAUUUGCUAAUAUUUGUUUAAAUAAUGAUGUUUUGAAGGAUGAUCUCUCAAACAUCCAACAGGCCAUCGAAAGCAAUUUUAUUGAAAAUCCAGUUUGUGAUCGCUGUAAAAGGAAGCCGAAAUACAAAAGAGAAUUCUCGAAUCAUAUUUUUGUCGAAGUAAAUCCUCGCGAAAGUUUAUCUGCUGAAACCGAUCUUGGGCGAAUGCUACAACAUAAUUUAGAUAAAAUACCACUGUCAAUUACUUUGGGAGGUAAACUGUACCAACUGUCAGCAGCAAUCCUUUUUGACCCACCAUCCGUUCUAGAGAAAGAUAUAAUAGGUCAUUACUCUGCUGCUAUACGAUUCAAUAAAACGUGGGAACUAUUUGAUGAUCUAAGGGAAAAUACAUUUUCAAUGUCGGGUGACACUGAGGUUACUAUACACAGUGCUUUAUAUACAAUAUUAAAAAAAUAAGAAACUGUAGAAUUUUUAAUAAUUUUGACGCUCACUGAUGAUGGUUUCUC